UACUCAAUCUUACUGAGUGCAAUGUCAGGCCAUCACACUCCCUCUGCUGGGGGUCCCUUCUCAGCACUCACUCCCAGCAUUUGGCCUCAGGAAAUCCUGGCAAAAUACACACAGAAAGAAGAAUCCAUUGAGCAGCCAGAGUUCCGCUAUGAUGAAUUCGGCUUCCGAGUUGAUAAGGAAGAUGCAGAUGGCGCUGAGCCAAACUCUAGCAAGCUUCUGGGGGUCCCACUGACAGAGGAGCCACAGCAGAGGCUCAAGUGGCAGGCUCAUCUGGAAUUCACACACAACCAUGACGUGGGUGACCUCACCUGGGACAAAAUCGAGGUCACCCUACCGCAUUCAGACAAGCUGCGCUCCCUGGUGCUAGCCGGCAUUCCACACAGCAUGAGGCCACAGCUGUGGAUGCGCCUGUCAGGAGCCUUGCAGAAGAAGAGGAAUUCAGAGAUGUCAUAUCGAGAGAUUGUGAAAAACAGCUCUAAUGAUGAAACCAUUGCUGCCAAACAGAUUGAAAAGGACUUGCUCCGCACGAUGCCCAGCAACGCCUGCUUCUCCAACAUGAACAGCAUCGGGGUGCCACGGCUGCGCAGGAUACUGCGGGGACUUGCCUGGCUGUACCCAGAGAUUGGGUAUUGCCAAGGCACUGGCAUGGUGGCUGCCUCUCUGCUGCUCUUCUUGGAGGAGGAAGAUGCCUUCUGGAUGAUGUGUGCUAUCAUCGAGGAACUGGUUCCUGCCUCCUACUUCAGCACCACCCUGAUGGGUGUGCAGACAGACCAGCGUGUCCUGCGGCAGCUCAUUGUGCAGUACUUGCCCCGCCUGGACAGGCUGCUCCAGGAGCAUGACAUUGAACUCUCCUUGAUCACCUUGCACUGGUUCCUCACCUCUUUCGCGAGUGUCGUCCACAUCAAGCUGCUGCUUCGUAUUUGGGACCUCUUCUUCUACCAGGGCUCUGUGGUGCUCUUCCAGGUCACUUUAGGCAUGCUCAGUAUGAAGGAGGAUGAACUCAUCCAGUCUGAAAACUCUGCCUCGAUCUUCAACACACUGUCAGACAUCCCCAGCCAGAUUGAGGACGCAGAUGUGCUGCUGCGGGAGGCCAUGCGCGUGGCCGGCUCCCUGACGGAUGUGGCGGUGGAGACCCAGCGCCGCAAACACUUGGCCUACCUCAUUGCUGACCAAGGGCAGCUGCUCAGCUCCACCACUACUGUCAACAACUUGUCCAAAAUUGUGCGGCGCAGGACUCAGCGCAGGAAAUCUGGCAUCACCUCUCUGCUUUUUGGGGAUGAUGAUCUGGAGGCACUGAAAGCCAAGAACAUCAAGCAGACAGAACUGGUGGCCGACCUGCGUGAGGCCAUUCUUCAGGUGGCAAGGCACUUCCAGUGUGUGGAUCCCAAGAACUGCAGCAUUGAUCUGACUCCAGACUACAGCAUGGAGAGCCACCAGCGGGACCAUGAGAACUAUGUGGCCUGCUCCCGGAACCGCCGCCGGCGCGCCAAGGCGCUGCUGGACUUCGAGCGCCACGACGACGACGAGCUGGGGUUCCGCAAGAACGACAUCAUCACGAUCAUUUCUCAGAAGGAUGAGCACUGUUGGGUGGGAGAGCUGAAUGGACUGAGAGGUUGGUUUCCUGCAAAAUUUGUGGAGAUCCUGGAUGAGCGGAGUAAAGAGUACUCCAUCGCUGGAGAUGACUCAGUCACAGAAGGGGUGACAGACUUGGUGCGAGGGACGCUGUGUCCAGCCUUGAAGUCCAUAUUUGAACACGGAUUGAAGAAGCCAUCUUUGCUGGGGGGGGCCUGCCAUCCCUGGCUCUUCAUUGAAGAGGCUGCAGGCCGGGAGGUGGAACGGGACUUUGACUCGGUGUACUCUCGCCUCGUGCUCUGCAAGACUUACAGGCUUGAUGAAGAUGGCAAAGUUCUCACUCCAGAGGAGCUGCUUUACCGGGCCGUGCAGGCUGUGAACAUGACACAUGAUGCUGCACAUGCACAGAUGGAUGUGAAGCUUCGUUCCCUCAUCUGCGUUGGGCUCAAUGAGCAGGUGCUGCAUUUGUGGCUGGAGGUGCUGUGCUCAAGCCUGCAGACUGUUGAGAAGUGGUUUCAUCCCUGGUCAUUCCUGCGCAGUCCUGGCUGGGUGCAGAUCAAAUGUGAGCUGAGAGUCCUCUGCAAAUUUGCCUUCAGCCUCUCUCAGGACUGGGAGCUGCCAAUCAAGAGGGAGGACAAGGAGAAGAAGCCGCUGAAGGAAGGUGUGCAGGACAUGCUCGUGAAGCACCAUCUGUUCAGCUGGGACAUAGAUGGGUGACCCCCACUCCACCCCAUCCUGGGGAACCUUCUCAGUGGCACACACUCCUUCCCCCAGCUCCCAUCAUGUCUCAAGCCCUGCCCUUCCCCACCCUACCCACUUGUAUCUGUGACAAAAUGCCCCUGGGGGAGGGGGACG